AUGCAGAAGAAUCGCCAAUCACAGAUGAAAAAUCACCUCAAAAAGCGGCAAAUUUCCAAGCCUUUGCGGAAACAAUGCCGCUUGGAUGAGAUCAGACAGUUGAUGGAACUUAUUCCCGGUCUGAAUAAUCGACCAAAUACCACUGAGGUUACCGUGAUCGAGGAGACCAUCAAAUUUAUCACCCGACUGGAAGAUGAAGUGAUUCAACGGCACUACGGCCACAGCGGUGGUGUUAAUUUCGAUCGUUCUCGACCACAAAUGCAUCCCCUUCUACGAGCCCUCCUUCCUAGACGUUCAGAGUCUGAAAUCCUAAUCUCACCCAUGCAGAGUGCUGAAAACUCGCCCUGUCGGACGUCAGAUGAGGAGCAUUGGUGA